AUGGGAAAAUACUUGGACGCACUUUCAUUUUACGAAAAAUCACUUAAAAUCUUUCAAAAAACUCUGCCUUUAAAUCAUCCUAAUGUGGCCACUUCAUACGGCAACAUUGGUAAUGUGUAUAACAGCAUAGGAGAGUACUCGAAAGCACUCUCAUUCUACGAAAGAACACUUGAGAUUAAACGAAAAACUCUUCCUUCAAAUCAUCCUGAUUUGGCUACUUCAUACAACAAUAUCGGUUUGGUGUAUAACACCCUGGGAGAGUACUCGAAAACGCUUUUAUUUUACGAAAAAGCACUUGAGAUCUAUCAAAAAACUCUCCCUUCAAAUCAUCCUGAUUUGGCUACUUCAUACAACAACAUCGGUGGUGUGUAUGGCAAGAUGGGAGAGUACUCGAAAGCACUUUCGUUUUACCAAAAAGCACUUGAAACGGAACAAAAAUCUCUUUCUUUAAAUCAUCCUGAUUUGGCUACUUCAUACAACAACAUUGGUAGUAUGUAUAACAGUAUGGGAGAGUACUCGAAAGCACUUUCUUUUUUCGAAAAAGCACUUGAAAUCUUUCAAAAAACUCUUCCUUCAAAUCAUCCUUUCUUGGCUACGUCAUACAACAGUGUCGGUACUGUGUAUAACAGUAUGGGAGAGUACUCGAAGGCACUUUCUUUUUUCGAAAAAUCACUUGAAAUCUAUCAAAAAACUCUUCCUUCAAAUCAUCCUUUCUUGGCUACGUCAUACAACAACAUCGGUAGUAUGUAUGAAAGUAGGGGAGAGUACUUAAAAGCACUUUCAUUAUACGAGAAAGAUCUUGAAAUCAAACAAAAGUCUGUUCCUUCAAAUCAUCCUAAUUUGGCUACUUCAUACAACAACAUUGGUGGUCUGUAUUACGCUAUGAAAGACUAUUCAAAAUCGCUGUCAUUUUACGAAAAAUCACUUGAAAUCUAUCAAAAGACUCUCCCUUCAAAUCAUCCUUUAUUGGCUAACUCAUACAGCAACAUCGGUAGUGUGUAUAACAACCUGGGAGAGUACUCGAAAGCACUUUCAUCUCACGAAAAAUCACUUGAAAUCUAUCGGAAAGCUCUUCCUUCAAAUCAUCAUUCAUUGGCUACUUCAUACAACAACAUUGGUAGUCUGUAUUACGCUAUGAAAGACUAUUCAAAAUCGCUGUCAUUUUUCGAAAAAGCACUUGAAAUCUAUCAGAAAGCUCUUCCUUCAAAUCAUCCUUUAUUGGCUACUUCAUACAACAAUAUCGGUUUAGUGUAUUCUGAUAUAGGAGACUGCCCGAAAGCACUUUCUUUUUGCGAGAAAGCACUUGAAAUUUGGCAAAAAACUCUUCCUUCAAAUCAUCCUAAUUUAGCUACUUCGUACGGCAACAUUGGUAAUGUGUAUAACAGCAUGGGAGAGUACUCGAAAGCACUCUCAUUCUACGAAAGAACACUUGAAAUUCGAGAAAAAACUCUUCCUUCAAAUCAUCCUGAUUUGGCUACUUCAUACAACAACACCGGUGGUGUGUAUUACGAUAGGAAAGACUAUUCGAAAGCACUAUCAUAUUAUGAACGCGCUUUGGACAUAUGGCAACGUGUAUUACCUCCAACUCAUCCUCAUAUAAAAAUUGCGAAAGAUAGUAUCGAAAUUACAAAAAAGAAAUUAUAA